UCCCGCCGUCUUCUCUAAUCUAACAGAGCGAGGAGUUGGGGUACUCGUCUCGUCGCCAGAUCCAAAUCUUCAGAUCGCCCACCGCCACCGCCACCGCCACCGAUGGAGCUGGAGGCGCCGUCGCCUGCGAGGUACCUGAUGGGCGCGGCAAUCAUGAUGGCCGGCGUCGUGCUCCCGCUCGCCUACAUGAUCUUCCGCAGCAAGCGCUCCCCGUCCUCCUCCUCCUCAUCCGCUUCCUCCGUCAUCGCCUCCGCCGCCCCCUCCUCCUCCUCCUUCUCCAAGCAGACGUAGGGGCCUCUUCUGACGCGCUCACUUCGCUUUGGUGUUUAUUCUAGCUGGUACCGCUAUAUUGUGUCUGCAGGAUGAUACAUCCCAUUUGUGCCUGCCAUCGCUCACUGGUGUAGUAGUAGUUGUUGUUGAGUUGUGAUGAAUCUCCAUCUGUCUGUAUGUCUGUCUUGGAAGCACUUGAGCAAUUUUUCUGAUGAUGAAAUGGAAAGGAAAGGGAAACAACAAACCUGUGUGCGUUAUGCAAUCCCAUGUGUUCUUGUUUAUACUUGUUCAACUUUGAUUGAUUACCAUGCACCACAAAAGGAGUACAUUAAUAUCUUUCAACGUCA